UCAUAAUCAUUGACCCUUACAUAGACAUUACUCAUCAUUUACCCUGACAUAGACAUUACUCAUCAUUGACUCUGACAUAGACAUUACUCAUCAUUUACCCUGACAUAGACUGUACUCAUCAUUGACCCUGACAUAGACAUUACUCAUCAUUGACCCUGACAUAGACAUUACUCAUAAUUUACUCUGACAUAGAUAUUACUCAUCAUUGCCUCUGACAUAGACAUUACUUAUAAUUGACUCUAACAUAGACAUUACUCAUAAUUGCCUCUGACAUAGACAUUACUCAUCAUUGACUCUGACAAAGACAUUACGCAGCGAUGAGGCUGAACGCAGCGCAAAUGCAGCUUUUGUUGCUGUGCCUAGCCUCCGCCGUGCAGCUCUCCACGACCUGGAGGAGCGACAGACGUAAGACUCUAUACUCUAUAUAUCUCGAACAGCUGCGCUCUCUAACGCCCCGGCGACUGCGCAUCAGACGCAAGCUCGUGCAGUACCACAACUUCUUCAGGACAAGAGUCCAGCCUCCGGCUACGAACAUGCUCGCCAUGAGCUGGUCGCGGGAGGCGGCACGCGACGCUCAGCGCUGGGCGUCUGCCUGUCAGUUGCUGGUGCAUGACGACAACGCGGGGCGCACCGUGCGCGGCUACGGCCCUUGCGGCCAGAACAUCUUCGUGAGCACCCAGCAGGUGCCGUGGUUUUUCGGCGUCAAAACCUGGUGGCUUGAGCGCGACAACUUCACGUACGGUUCCGACAAGAACGAUUUGUUCGUGGUUGGUCAUUACACGCAGCUCGUGUGGCACGCAAGUCAUCAGUUGGGCUGCGGGCUUGCUUUCUGUAAGGACGCUAAACCGAGACCCUUCUACAACUACGUCUGUAAUUACUGCCCAAUCGGCAACCACAUGCAAGCAAUCGGCCACCCGUACGAGAACGGGACGUCGUGCUCAGCUUGUCCAGGGCACUGUAAGGCGGACAAGCUCUGCACGAACGCUUGUCCCUACGGCGACCUGUGGGUCAACUGCAAGGAUCUGGCCAAGACCUUCAAAGGGUGGCUCUGUGACACCAGGACGAGGAAGGGCAUCAUCAGACGCAAACAUUGCAGGGCGACGUGUCUCUGUGAGGGAAAAAUCACCUUCCCUUGACCGUCCGUAAUCUCGAUAAGCUUGGCGCUCUUCUC